CGCGUCGGACGUUUUCACAGUGCACGCGUUCUGCUCAUGCGCCGCCGGCAGACGCUCGUCGAGAGUCGCCGAGAGCGGAGUCGCGCGUCUGUGCCCUGUGUCGCUCGGUGGAUGUGGAUGCCCGCGUUGGUCCCGUCGCAACUCGUCGCCUCCGCCCGCCUCCGCUGAGCAGGCGGCGUGCACGCGCCGGGAUGCGCCUGUAGACCGCCCGUCGCACUCAGCCGCAGCGCCCCGGGGCGUCUCAGCAUGGACAGGAUAGGGGUGUCGUUCCUGGACCCUCUGGACGACUACGAGCUGAUCCACCGGAUUGGGUGCGGCACCUACGGAGACGUGUUCAAGGCUCGUAACAUCAGGACGUCUGAACUGGCAGCCAUCAAGAUCGUGAAGCUGGACCCCGGUGAUGACAUCACGUCCAUCCAGCAGGAGAUCACGAUGAUGAAGGAGUGCAAGCACAAGAACAUCGUGGCCUACUUCGGCAGCUACCACAGGUGCCGCGCGCUUCCGGCCUCUCGCUUCAGACGGGGCGGAAUUCUUGGAAGUGUUGGUGCUCUUAAAUCUGCGGAAUCCGACUUCUGCUUUAACCCACACUGCUGCUGGAUUCGCCUCCCACUCACCCCAGUGUCCAGUCAGCCAAGUCUUGGUUUGAUGUGGCAAUCAGAGCAUCUGGCUGAAUGUUGUACUGCUGUUUUUGUGUUUUCUUGCUUGUCCACGCGUGACCGCUCCGCGUCUCGCUGCAGGAACACCAAGCUGUGGAUCUGCAUGGAGUACUGCGGCGGAGGGUCGCUCCAGGACAUUUACCACGUGACAGGCCCUUUAAAGGAGAAGCAGAUAGCGUUCGUGUGCAGAGAAACCCUGCAGGGUUUGUAUCACCUGCACGAAACGGGCAAAAUGCACCGAGACAUAAAGGGAGCCAACAUCCUUCUGACAGAGCGGGGCGACGUGAAGCUGGCUGAUUUCGGCGUGGCCGCAGAGAUCAGCGCGUCGGUGGCGAAGAGGAAGUCUUUCAUAGGAACCCCGUACUGGAUGGCGCCGGAGGUGGCCGCCGUGGAAAAGAAGGGCGGCUACAACCACCUGUGCGACAUCUGGGCCGUCGGGAUCACCGCCAUCGAGCUGGCCGAGCUCCAGCCGCCCAUGUUUGACCUCCACCCCAUGAGAGCGUUGAUGCUGAUGUCCAAGAGCAACUUUCAGCCUCCGAGACUAAAGGAUAAGUCCAAGUGGUCAACGGGGUUCCAAAGCUUCGUGAAGAUGUCUCUCAUUAAGAGUCCGCGUAAAAGGCCCUCGGCCGAGACCCUGCUGCAGCACCCGUUUGUGACGCAGCUGCUGACGCGCAACCUGGUCAUCGAGCUGCUGGACAUGGCCAACAACCCCGAGCUGCACUCCAGCCCCCUGGACGCGCUGGACGACAACGAGCUGGAGGUUGGGAAGACGGCUCCCGAUAAGAUUCAAUCGGCCGGGAAGCACCUGAGUGUGGAGAGGACGCUGUCGGAGGAGCAAUUCGACCAGAUGAAGUUCGGCCCCCCGCUGAGAAAAGUCACGGAGCCCUACCCUGAUUUGGGCUGCUACGACGACUGGAGUCUGUCUGGAGAGGAAGACAGCUCACCGAGCCUGUUGGAAUGUGUGGAGCAAGCUCUGCAGCUGAGGAGUUUAACCAUCAGGAGGGCGCCAUCUACUGACGGAGGCAGGAAGGCCGGUUUGUUCACUCCCACCACAGCCUCUCUGCCGCCUUUAAGCGCUUUAACCCCCAGCUCGGAGGACCGGGACCCCACGCUGAGACCCAGCUGCACCCUGGGCCCCGACGCCGUCAUCCAGGCUGACGCCACCUCCACCACAGUGCUGGCCAGAUGCUCGGCCACGCAGGACAUCCGGCAGCGCUGCGAUCCUGGUCCGCCGUCGGCCGGCGCCGACAGGAAGAAGGCCGCGGCCACGUGCUCCCAGAAAAGGGACACGCCUCUAUCACCUGAAUGGAGCACGCUGAGGCGAAAGACCGAGGACUCUAGGGCUGACUGUCAUGGACUUCCUCCCACCCCUCAAGUCCAUAUGGGAGCCUGCUUCUCCAAAGUCUUCAACGGUUGUCCUCUCAAAAUCCACUGUGCUGUCACCUGGAUUCUACCCAAAACGAGAGAUCAGUACAUGAUUCUCGGGGCGGAGGAGGGCAUCUACACCCUGAACCUUAACGAGCUUCAUGAAGAUACACUAGAGAAGCUGCUCCCACCGCGCUGCACGUGGCUCUACGUGAUGAACAACGUGCUGAUGUCCGUAUCAGGGAAGUCGUCCCAGCUCUGCUCCCACAGUCUGACGGCUCUGUUCGAGCAGAGGGGACACGUGCCGAAGAAGCCCAGCAGCCUGUCCCUCAGCACCAACCGCUUCGCGGAGAGGAUCAGCCACAGAAAGUUUGCCAUAUCCGCCAAGAUUCCCGACACUAAAGGCUGCAGGAGGUGUAGUGUUGCUAGAAAUCCAUACACGGACAGCACGUUUCUAUGCGGAGCGGUUCCGUCUGGGCUGGUCCUGCUGUUGUGGUAUGAGCCCCUGCAGAAGUUCAUGCAUCUCAAGCACAUUCCAAUCAGGCUCCCGGACCCUCUGCCGGUGUUUGAGCUGCUGGUGCUGAUGACAGACGAGUUCCCACAGCUGUGUGUCGGGGUGAGACACUGCAGCAACGGCACCGGCCAGCAGCUCAAGUUUGACAUCAUAGAGCUGAACGGCGCGUCUGCCUCGGCCCCAGACAGCGGAGCCCUCAGGGCAACACAGGUGACCCAGCUGGACCGAGACACCGUUCUCGUCGCAGUGGAGCACACCGUGAAGGUGCUGAACCUCCAAGGGCUUCCAUCCAAAGAGCUGACGGCUGAAAUGCUCUUUGACUUCCCCAUCGAAACGUUAGUUUGCCUGCAGGACAGCGUGCUGGCGUUCUGGAAGCACGGCCUCAAAGGGAAGAGCUUCCCUUCAAAUGAGGUAACGCAAGAAAUUACAGACGAGAGUCGGGUAUUCAAAGUUCUGGGAACAAACAGGGACAUCAUCCUUCAGAGCACGCCGACCAAUGAGCCUUCAGCCCUGAGCAACCUGUACGUCCUAACUGGCCAUGAAAGCAGCUACUGAGUAAACGGGCUGCAGAUGAAGGCGAUGUGCAGCACACACCAGCACCGACUGCUCCCACUAACCUGUGACGGACUUGUAUGAGCAUCAGGACCUGCUCAGACUCAAACACAUGUAGAAGACUAAGAGACUACACACAGCUCUUGUCUCCAGCCUACGCCACUGUGUGGCUGUAACACAUCACCUUCUGAAUCGGUGUAAAUGAGGAAUGUAGUUCUGAAGCUUUUGGUUCUACUGUUGAAACAGAACCAGAGACCACAUGAGAAUUAUUACGCUAAAAAACACAGCAGCUCAGAGUCCUGCAGCGUUUAAAUGUUGGUACUGCAGCACUUCACUACUCUGUGCUCAUGUCAUGUCAUGGCUCCAUCUAAUACAUCAUCACUUUAUUAUAAAGGGGAGCACCAUGAUAUUUCUGAAGGAAAGGCUUGAAGAGCAUUUCAUCUACCUACCAACAAACGCUGCCAAGUCAUAAAGCAUUUUUAAUGUCAUUAUCCAUCUGUAGCGUUCAUCACAUGCUGACCUGAAUGAAGGAAAUAAUUUCACCAGGAGAGAAUCACCAACCUCAAAUCACGAAUACUGACAAAUUUAUUAUAAUGUUUUGAGUAGUUAUUAAAAAAUCAGUACAUUAUUAACCUGAGUUUUUAACAAUCACUGAUCACUUUUAGAGAAGCAAAAUAAAAAUAUUUAGUCACAGUCAGUGCGUGAUGUCAUAUUAGUAUUUGAACGUCAUUAAGAAGCCACAGUGCAACAUGCAUUACCAUACACACACGGACAGCAUUCUAACUUGUAGUACACGAAAGUACUUCAGAUUUGUGGUGGAAAGCAGCUGAAUGUGAUGUUGAGUACUACAGUAAAUGCACAUUCAACGUACUAUUAUUACAGUGCAUCAGAGACCAUAAUACAGCUCACACGUGGCGUAGGCUGCCUUAUCAUAUUACCACGGUGCCAUAGAGAUUCCACUACAUCAGAGUGUUGUGUGUUAUGAUAUUUAUGUUAUUUAUGGAAAGGGACGACGCCCUUUUCUUGCUAGAUACUUGAAAGACUAAAUAUGCAUAUGGAUAUUUGUUUUAGGAUGUUUUUAUUUUUACGCUAAUGUAAAUAAAUGUUAUGUACAUAACAGUACAGUUGCUCCUGCAGUGUGGGCCUACUGUAAUACACCAAAUAAACA